CCACUUGUGCCGGACAAAGACUGGAGCCGAUAUUUUUCCGGAAAGCCACUUGCAGAAUUUAAAACAAGUUCACGUUCAUACUGCAGCGCCCGGAUGGACACUGAACCCGCAAUGUUUAAAACCUCUAACAGUCGGUCAUUUGCCAUGGAUGCCAGGAUAAGACUAGAUCAUCUGAAGUCAGGGUGUAAGUCACCCUCAGCUUGCUGUGCCAUGGAUGGAACAUUGUUCAACUAUAACUGUGAGAGAGAUGUUUGGGAGAGUGAGCCAAAAGAAGAAGAGUCUGUUUUGGACUCAGUAGAGCUCCUUGACGUAGAUGAUGGUGAGCAGGAUGAAGAGAGCUGGUUAUAUGAAUCCCCAAAAAAGCCGGUGGAGAAAACCGAGUCUGCUCUCCGAUGGUGUCGCCAUGUCCUGGAUAACCACAGUCCUGAGAUGGAGGCGGCGUGUCGUCAGCUGACAAACAGUCUGGAUCAAAGAUCAAGCAGUCACUUCAACCGACGUCCUCCAGUUUUUCAGCAUCCUGUCAUUGUAGGACCUUCGGCUGACAAAUCAUCAGUAAACAUGAUGCAGAAUCCUUGCGACAGUUUUGGCGACAGUGAGCUGGGCAUCACUCAUGAAGCCAUAAACACAGACUACAGACUGGAGGAUAUCACAGAUGUCUGCAUUAUGGCUCGUAUUCAGGAGGCCAGUUUACGACAAGACUACAUGUCUACGCCUGCUGCCGUUUCCUCCCAGAGAAGCGCCAAGUCGCCCUCUCAUUGUAACACUCUACAAAAAUCUGAUGACCUCAUUGCAGGAAAUAAAACCGAGGGUUCGUCUCCCUCUCACUGGCAGCAGCGUUUCCCGUCACCGAGCUCUCGCUCUUGUCAGUCACCAACACCAGUGACUAAGCAGAGCUGCCAAAGUCCAAACCUGGCCAGGCUUCGCCAGCAGGUCACUCAGUUCAAGCUGCUUAAACUCGCCCAGAGCCGAGCAACAUCAUCAGCCAGGACCAGUUCGCCUGUGCGGACCAGCCUCCGCUCGCUCCAGGCUGUUCGGAACGGACGAAGCUUAGACACUGACGACUGCCUCCCUGCUGAUCCGGUCACUCCUUCUGCAUCAGCUUUGUCAGGUGCUUCAUCUACCAGGAUUGGGUCGAGUUGCUGGUCUCCAUCACUUCCUGCAGCAUCCAUGAACUCCCCACCGAGGUGUCAGUCUCUCAGCCCCUGCAGGAUCACUCAGUCUGCUAAAGGAUACCUGUCCCGUCAUGGACGUGUCUUUGCUUCACCUGAGAGGUCGACUCCUGUAGCUUGGGCCAGAAAUUGUCUAUCUACCCAACGGUGAAAGACCUCACCAGUGGAGUCCUCAUGCUUACAGGAACCAGCCUGAGACAUGCACGAUUGCCCUCACUGGAAAAAAAACAAAGGCAGCCAGCAGGGACAUUAUGGAAAAACAGUUCCUAGCCACUUUUACAUACAUUUGGACAGCUGGCUGGAAACAAGAUUGUAAACAUCUCCUACUGUAUGUACCAAAAUCCAUAGAGAAAAUCUGCAUUUUGGGGUGGAAGGGACACAGCAGCUGCUGGUCUACUGCUGCCUCACUGAGUGGGUAAAUCCAAACUAAGGAUCUCAAACUCACCAUAUGACCAAAGUCACUGUAUAACACAUUUGAAAUUACUGAUGGAGGCAGCAGUGUUUUUCUUUGUGUCCCCGAUGGCAGGCAUGUUUUCAGUGAGGGCAAUUGUCCAUUUCUCACACUAGUUCCCCAAUGACGACAAAAAAAAACUAAACAGAACUUCCCUGUAAGAUGAUAAUGAGAUACAAAACCACAACGGUUGUUAAGCCUGCACGAUUAUGUUAAUAUUUUAGUUUGUUGCAUGUUGUUCUCAGAUAAUGCAUAUGUGCUGCAUCUGUGUGAUGUUUCCGUGACAUGAUCUAGAAUUGAAAUCCUAUUUGUCAUUCAACUGCAGAUACAGUCUGUGUGUAGCUGGCAACAGUGUAAAGUAUCCAGGGUAGAAAAAUACUGCAUGGGUGGAUUUUGUAUUACCAUGACACCUUGCUGUUGUCUGUGCAAAACCUUAAAUAAUGUGUACCAUUGUAAAAAUAUGCCAGUACCCAUUUUCUGCUAAUAAAUUCCCCCAUAUCAGUCUCCAAAUUAUGGUCUGGGUGCAUAUAAACAUUCUUAGGGGACUCAGUGUCAGUGUAUGCUCAUUUGAAAGCAGCCGGGCUGUGAAAUUAAUCGAUUGCAG